CAACUCUAUAUUUUAUUUAUGGUUGCUACGACACCAGUAGUUACCAGGGCGAGGUUUAAACAUGACACUUGAUGCACAGGAUGAAUAUAAGAUGAAAAAAGAAGACAUUGAGUUGUAUAAAAGAAUAAGGAGAGAAGUUGAACAAGAAUUUAUGGCAAAAUCUGAGCCUGUGGAUUACAGAUCAGUGACCAAAGUUGAUUUUCAUAAAGAUGUAGUCCGGUUGUCUCCCAGGCCCGAACCAAUGCUUCAUGAAAUGGUUCGAGAACAACCGGUUACAUUUUGGACAGAACACAGAGAUAAAAUGCAUUUUAGAUUGAAACCGAUAAAGGUUGUAAUUGGAUGGAAUCAAUGUGAAACUUUGGACUUGGGUUUCGUCUUGUCUUGCACUCGUCAUCAAGGUUUACUUUUAGCUGUACCUGGUCACUAUCAGGGUAAUACUCAUUACAGUACAAAUCGUACCACUCCGUUCGGACGUAAUGCUGCUUUUACAACACCGAUUGGUCAAUAUUUGAAUAGUCGGAUGCCAUGUGAAAUGCAAGUAUAUUCACGUUAAAAAUAUCGCAGAAAGAAGUUAAAUGAGGCAGUUGCUUCUCUUUAUUUAUACCUGAAAUAUAACUAUGCAUCAUUUUAUGUCUCAUGCUACCAUGAUAAAACAAAAUAAUUAUACUACUCUAAUUUUUCGGGUUAAUUCAUUGUAUUGUAUGCUAAGAUUAACAAAUAUGAAAUGAAAAAGAAUAUCCUUUUACCAUUCACUUUACUUUAACACUAAGAACAACUGAGAGGCAUGUAAGAGUAUAGUUGAUGGGCCCCAG